AUGGGGCUCCUCGGGGAGGGUGGGGCUAGCCUGACACUCUCCCCAGGUGCACCCACCGUGAUGCAGCCGACUCGCGUGGAGACAGAUGCCAUCGGGGCUGGUGGGUCUGGCGAAGGGCCACAGAGGGCUGUGCCCUGGUCCAUCUGGGUCACGAGGCAGGACUGGGUACGCUGGUGCUCCUGCCAUAUGCCCCGGAGCUGGAGUCAGUGGUGGAGCACCUCGUGCUGGAGGCAGCCGCUGCAGCGCAUACUGUGGGGGCUGGAGGGGGUCCUCUACCUGCUGCUGGCACUCAUGCUGUGCCACGCGCUCUUCACCACGGGCUCCCACCUGCUGAGCUCCCUAUGGCCUGUGAUGGCCGCCGUGUGGCUCCACCUGCUGCCAGCCGUCCUGCUGUUGAUGCUCAGUGCCAUCCCAGCCCUCCUCUUUGCAGCUUCCUUCCUGCUUCUCUUCUCCACCCUGCUGAGCCUCGUGGGUCUCCUCACCUCCAUGUCCCAUCAAGGUCACGCUCUGGAGUUGGACCAAUAG